AUGAACAAUGACAGCGCUCUGAACUCCGAGCGCAGUCUGCGCGUGGCCGACUCGAAGAAUGACUAUCUGCGGUCUCUACUCAGAACCCUCGACGCCAUCAUCUUCAUCCAGAUAGGCAUCACCUACCUAUCCGACAAUCUCACCCUCCUUUUGAUCCUCCGUGCCAUCUCACAAGUUGUCCAUGUCCAAUAUCGACCGACAGGACUGCAGCUUGCACCUGCGCUCUUCGUCAGUGCCGUGUGCUUCGUCUCACAUCUGUUCUGGACCCGAAGUGGCGUAAAACACACACAUGGGGGAUUGAUCAUUGACUUCGUUGGAGAACUUCCGCCCUCAAAAUUGAGGCUGCUAUUGUUAGACGUCGUGGUUUUGGUUAUGCAACUCCUCAUGCUGGUCGUGGGUUAUCAAAAACAACUCGCUUUAGGCCACGCGCAACCACAACCCGAUGCAAGCCCACGACAGGACAUUGAAGCCGAGGAAGAAGGGCGGCUUACGUCGAGUGUCCGGGAAUCGCAAGCAGACGGUGAAGAGGAGGGUAUAGAGUUACAAAGUUUACUACCUAAUGGUGCUGAAGUGGAGCAUGGCUCAUCAACACCUCCGAGGAAACCAACCACUGAAGAAGCCGAUUUGAUCGUGCUGGAUAUGAAGGCAGGAUUGACUGCUCUUUUCAGAAAACCACUGCAGCCCAAUUCACAUGCUGUGGAAGAUCCCGCAAUGCGUGCCGGGUUGGCAAAUGUCCUAUCUCGAGUUGCUGCUGCUCAUGCGCGGGCUACGUGA